CUCUCAGCUCACGGCCCCUUCUGUGUAGCGUUGCAGUGCGCAUGCUCAGUAUAGUAGCCGGUUAUGGCGGCGGUGUGUGUUUGUCCAUGAGGUGGGGGGACGCUUGCUAUUCCUGCGGUCUGUGACAGAGCGAUCCGAGCGAAGCGCUGCCAUGGCUGGAGUGUUUGACAUUGAUUUGGACCAGCCGGAGGAAAAUGUCUCCGACGAUGAGAACGAGGAGGCUCAAAUCAAUGAUAUCAUGGAUCAGUGCAGUGGGUUUGAAUUCAACAUGGACGACUGCGAGAAGAUCGAGAUAUCUGAGGACAACGUCAAUCAGGGGACGGAGAACAUCAGACCGGAGUGCUUCGAGCUGCUGCGGGUCCUGGGGAAAGGCGGUUAUGGAAAGGUUUUUCAAGUUCGAAAAGUCGUCGGCGCUGCAUCGGGCAAAAUAUUUGCCAUGAAAGUUUUAAAAAAGGCUAUGAUUGUACGCAACGCCAAGGACACAGCCCACACCAAGGCAGAGAGGAACAUCCUGGAGGAGGUGAAGCAUCCCUUCAUCGUCGAUCUCAUCUAUGCCUUCCAGACGGGAGGAAAGCUAUACCUCAUCCUGGAGUACCUGAGCGGGGGAGAACUUUUCAUGCAGCUGGAGAGAGAGGGCAUCUUCAUGGAAGACACAGCCUGUUUUUACCUGGCAGAGAUCUCCAUGGCUCUGGGCCACCUGCACCAGAAGGGCAUUAUCUACAGAGACCUAAAGCCUGAGAACAUCAUGCUCAACAGCCAAGGCCAUGUCAAGCUGACAGACUUCGGGCUGUGUAAAGAGUCCAUUCACGACGGCACAGUCACCCACACUUUCUGUGGUACCAUCGAAUACAUGGCUCCAGAGAUCUUGAUGAGAAGCGGACACAACAGAGCAGUGGACUGGUGGAGUCUGGGCGCUCUGAUGUACGACAUGCUCACAGGAGCGCCACCGUUCACUGGUGAAAACCGCAAAAAGACCAUUGACAAGAUCCUGAAGUGCAAGCUCAGCCUCCCGCCCUACCUCACACAAGAAGCUAGAGAUCUCCUGAAACGGUUGUUGAAGAGAAAUGCCUCAUCGCGGCUGGGGGCAGGAGCAGGAGACGCUACAGAGGUGCAGGCUCAUCCUUUUUUUCGACACAUCAACUGGGAAGAUUUGCUGGCUCGGAAAGUGGAGCCUCCCUUCAAGCCUUUCCUUCAAUCAGCCGAAGACGUGAGUCAGUUUGACUCGAAGUUCACCAGUCAGACGCCUGUGGACAGCCCUGAUGACUCAACCCUCAGUGAGAGUGCCAAUCAAGCCUUCCUGGGUUUCACGUAUGUGGCUCCGUCAGUCCUGGAAAACAUCAAAGAAAGGUUCUCAUACGAGCCAAAAAUCCGCUCACCUCGACGGAUCAUGGGCAGCCCAAGAACACCUCUCAGUCCAGUCAAAUUCUCAGGAGGGGACUGCUGGCCCCGGAGCCCCCUCCUCACCGGCGGAGGACCGAGCGUCCUCCAAUCUCCUCAGGACCAGGCCAUGGAACUGUCCACCCCAGAGCAGAUGGACGUCACAACCAGCUCCGAGGCCUCGGCCCCUCUUCCCAUCCGUCAGCCUGCUGGGGUCAACCUGGCUCAGAUGAAGCAGCAGGCCUAUCCCGUCGUGGCCAAACGGCCCGAACAUCUACGUAUGAACCUAUGACCCACUGCGCCUCUUUAGGAGAGUUUAUUUCUUGACUCUUUGUUUUGUUUUGUUUUGUUUUUCUUUAUUGAUAUUUUUUAAGAAACAAAGCAAAAAGAUAUGGAUGCUAGAGACAAUGAAAAUCAAAAAUUGCACAUCCGCACACUACAUAUACUGUCACAAGCUGGAGUUUGUGCGUGGGUCUGGGACUCGGGCGUGCUGCAGUUAAGAGCUACCGACAACAUCACCAUCUCACCACUUCUCCCCCUGACACCUCAGGUCCUCAGGACCUUUUUCUUCUGACCCCCCCACCUCUCCCUUUCUGAACUGGACUACUAGGACUGGAAAUCAGGACUUUGAGCAGUUACAGCCUUUGUGUGAUCAGGAAAUCAAAGGCGAUAAUGUAUUACAGAGUAUGCAAGUGAUUUAAACUAAAAUGCCACCAGUCUAUUGUAUAAGAUGACGUCCAAAGUGCUUUGUGCUAUUUGAAUGAUUGCCAGUCAGGAAAUUUGCUUCCAUUGGGAGAUUUUGACAGUAUUUCUUCUUGGACAAAAAUACUUCCAGACUCUGAAUUAAGUGAUGUAAAUUAGGUUUAGGAUUGUAAAAGAUCAAAGAAAUCAUCAUUGUGAGCAGCGGACAAGCAGAGGUUCUGGUACUGAUGAAUAUAGCUUUACGUCUUAAGAUGUUUGACAGAAUGGAUGAAUGAGAGAACCUAAAUUAAAGAAGAAAAAAACGUGUUGACUUUUUAGAUUCUUUGAGCAUUGGUGUUGUGGAUGACUUGUGGAAUGGCUUAUUUGAUGUGGAAUCCAUACUUCAAUUAUCUGCUCUUCAGGCGUACGUCACUAUGGGAUCUGUCACUGGAUUAAUUGAUGCAUCACCAGUAAAUCAGCUUGAUGCAAUGUUAGCGUGGCUCACGUUUCCCCAUUACCACCCAAAACGUCAAACUGAUCUCGGUGCUGCUUUGUGUGACAACACUCCCCCCACCACCACUCCCUCGCCUCAGAAGUGACUGGACGUCAGACCCCCUGCCCCCGUCUGACUCCUGGAGUGAAUUCACGUUGGGAGACUGUGGCACCAGUUGAUCUGGACACUUGCCUGCAGCUGUGGGGGUUCAAUGCUCCCAAAAAAACUUGGGGGACAAUAUUUACAGCCUCUUGCAUCAGCAUUCACUUGUUUAGGAGGGAAAUUUUAGAAUUCCUGAAAAGCAAGGAAAAUUAUAAUAAAAUGCAAAAAAAUA